GUACAGUUGAGUAGAGAUAUCUCCAGCGCACUUUGUUUGAAUACAUUCAGUGAAGAGUUUGUUUUGGAAUGCUUUGAAAAUUCGACAAUCCCCGAGUUAUGUGAAGCAAUGUGACACGAAUGGGAAAAGGAGUGUUAGGACAAUACAAAGCGUUAACAUGCAGGGAAUAGCGUUUGCUGUAAUUGUGGCAAUUGGCCUAGCAGCAGUUGCGUAUUUUGCAUCAGUACAGCGUCCUUUGACUCACGGUCCAGCUGACUCCAGUGAUUAUGAACCAAGAAAUUCGUGGACACCCCAGAGGGAAUCAACUGGCUGUACACAGCAGCGCAAGAAAAAGAAGAAAAAUACAGACUGUCCAAUAUGUUUCGAGAAAAUUGUACCAGGCCCCAAAGUAAAGGAACUACAAUGUGAUCAUUGGCUCCAUAAUGAAUGUGCAAUGAGAUGGUUCAUGGAGAAACGGGUCUGUCCUUUAUGCAUGAAGCCUGCGUGAGAAACAAAGUGCCUUGACAUCUGGAGUGAUAAAAUUCAUGUUUUAUAUCAUGAAUUUAAAUUGAUGUGAUACUUGUGUUAAAUUGAUAAUGUGAUACUUGUUUACAACAUUUAUAUUGGGCUGCUCAUCAGUGUUCCUUAAUUUCUUCUUUUUUUUUUUUCCUCACAAAUGUGGCAUACAAACUUUUAAAAACAUUAAUUCUACCAACAUGUGUGUGUAAAAAUGCUAUAAACUGUUAGGAAGUAAGUCACUAUUUAGAGAUAGAUUCUGUAAUACAGCUGUAACUGUAUAGAAAGUAACAAAGUUUUAGUUACUAUUUGUAUGUGUCAUAUGGAACUGGUAAUUUUAUUCUGAGAUAUUUGAAUUGUAUUUCAAAAUAAUUGUAAUAUUAGUUUUAUUAAAGGCUUCCUCUCUGGUUA